GGAUAUAGGCACGGUGGAUCUCCACGUCUUCUCCAUGCUCGAUGAACGGCGAUUGGAACAGCAGCCGGAAGGAGCUCAUCGAGGCACUAGAGAAUCUCGGGAUCUCCAUCGUCUUCACCCUCCAUAAAUCACGCCUUAUCCUCCUUCUCUCUUCCUUUUUCAAGUUUAUUUAUAUUUUCUUUCUGGCCGACGUUUAUCCGGCGAUACCGAGAUCGCCUGAGGGCACCGAACCGAGAGCACCAGGUUCCGGCGAACGGGCGAAUCAGAACCCCACGGCUGGAGCAGCGAGAGCAAGCAGCCCGCGGCUGCGCAGGUUUCUGAGCACGUCCGGCAACAGGCGAGGCUUCUUCCAGGAACAGGAACAGCGCUCUUCCAUGGCAGAGACGAGAAUUUCCACGGGGUUGAGACUAGCUUCAUGCGGCUGAGACGAAACAAGUUUCGAUGACAAAAAAUCAAUGUUUUCCAGCCCGAUUCUUCUUCUUCGACUGGCGAACGAGAGAGCAGCACCAAUCCGACGACGACAAAUCAAUCCAUUCGGCCAGCAAGCUUCCAGCAGCGAGCCACCAACUACCGACGACCGUGAGCCCACCAUUCAAGGCGAGCCGAGGGUCAUCAGAAUUCCUGGCGACGGGACCAACGUCCGACGAGGCCAGUCCUCCAGCAACUUCGGGCCUCGAUUCCCAUCGGGCCGCGACUGUUUGCAAGCCCCGACCAUUGUCCAGCGAUUUCGAGCUCUCGACGACCGAGGUUUGCUUAGCCCCGUCUUCCGACAACGGCCGAGACCUCCGACUUCCAGCCAUGUCCUCGACCUGCGAUCGGCGACCGAGGCUCCGUCCGGCGGCCUUCGUCCGACCUCGCCAAGCUUCCGGCAGGUCGAGCCAUCGGAUUCCCGCGAGUUCCGACGACUAAGGACUACCCGACGAACAGAGGAGGGCCGAAGUGCCGAGCUGCAGCCGCUUAGCCGAGCCAAAAACCGUCUGAAUCGAGCUCCUUUCUUUCUCUGUUUUUCACGAGAAAGGGAGACUUUGUGUGACAUUCCUGCCGUG